CUCCACCAUCCAUCCUCUCGCCGUCGCCAUCCAUCCCCUCCCCAGUUUCCUACGCCGCAAGGCAUGACAGACACAAUGGCAGCACGACAGGGCUCAUGGAGCGCGCCCUCCGGCACCGCCGCCGCAGCGCGCAAGCUCUCCAAGUCCGAAUCUGAAUCCUCGUCAUCCCCUACCUCCACCAACCAGACUUCCAACAUUGGUCCAGUUCGCAAGUCCCCCCCACGCAAGGGCGAGGCCAAGCGCAACGCCGACGGCAAGCCCACUCGCAAAAAGGUCGCAAAGGCCUGCCUCGCAUGCCAGAAGAGCCACCUCACCUGCGACGAGAGCCGCCCAUGUAACCGCUGCAUGAAGAAGGGGAUCGGAGACCAGUGCGUCGAGGGUGUGCGCAAAAAGGCAAAGUACCUCAUGGAGGGCGAUGAACGGGCACGCCCACCCGUCGCUCCUACCGCCGCUCCUCCCGCACCACUAGUCCAGCCAACAGCUGCACCACCCGCAGCACCGCCCUCGUUCCCCUCCACGUCGCCGCCAAACCACGCCAACAACUUUGGCCAUGUCCCCGUGUCAAUGCUCCCUGGCGUCGUCGUGCCUCCGCCCAACUUGGACCCCGUCCGCGUCCCCGAUAACAUCUGGCUCACGGCACCUUUGCCCGAGGUCCAGACCGCUCCCCAGACACUCGACUGGUCUGCGCAGGACAACAACCCAUUCAACUUCACUGCCUCCGCCGCGGCCAACCUCGAGUACGAGAUGUUCGACUCCAUGUUCGGCUCCCUCUCCCCGUCGUUCCCAUUAGGUGACCUGGGGAAUACGACGGAUGCGUCGACACCGACGGUCUGGUCCAACCUCGGGUUACCUGACCCGGCGAACGCCUCGCACCCGCCAAGCGUGACCGAUUUCCUCGGUACCAACGACUCAGGACUGCAGCAGACGCUCGGUGCCGACCUGUCGCCAACGACCAUGUUCCCCGGGACUUGGUCCGGCAACGACGAGAUGGGCGCCAUCCCACACUUGGACGUCGAGACGAAGCCGCGCAAAUUGACCCCCGACGACGUCUACCGCACCGUCCUCAAGCCCUACGACUACACGGAAGGCUACCACAUCCUGAUGCAGUACCUGACGCAAAACUUUGAGAAGAACGACAUCCUGCGCGUCGUGCGCGCCCUCGCGGCCUUCCGCCCCUCGCUGAUCGCCCUCCAAAUGCCUAUGAGCGAGGAUGACGAGAUCUUCCUCGAGCGCUCGUUCCAACGCACCCUCAUCGAACUCGAAAAGCUCAUCUCGUACUCGGCAACGCCGACCGCCGUGUGGCGGCGCACAGGCGAGAUCGUGUGUGUGUCCCCCGAGUUCUGCCAGCUCGUAGGCAAGAAGGAGGAGGAGAUCGUGCGCAACCGUACCUGCAUCUACCAGCUGUUCAACAAGGCGGGCACGAUCGAGUACUGGGAGAACUUUGCCGAGCACGCGUUCGAGAACACGACGCAGAACUUCUUCCAGGCCACCACGCUCGAGAACGACAAGAAGACUGUGCCGUGUGCGGCGUGCUUUACCAUCCGCCGCGACGUGUUCGACCUCCCCUCCGUCAUCAUCGGCCAGUUCCUCCCCAUUCCGCCUGAGGCGAUGGCGUGAGGCGGGUGUGCGGGUGUGCGGGUGUGAUAGCGGAGUGCUUGCGCGCCGCAUUGACGUGUUUAUGAGUGUACGAUGAACGGAGGCGAGUGUACGAUUAGUGUAGUAGCUAUCUGUAAGGCAAUAGGCAUGGCACUUGAUCUGAAG